AUGUAAACAGAACUUGAAGCACAAACCCCAAAUUCUGUUAGAUUGUCAGAAAUAUCUAUGUCUGAUAGCAAAAUUGAUGAUUUUCACUAAGUAGGAAGAAUUGAAAGUGACAAUGACUUUGCUUCAUAUUUUGCUUUGACAAGAAUUACCAAAAAAAUAUAGGGUAGGUAUUAAAUGAAUUUAAGACUCCUUCAUAUAAAGUAAUGAUCCUAAGGCAUAAUUUAUCAAAGAAACCUAUUCUUCAAUUAAAUUGAUUAGAAAAUUAUUUGUGACAAUCUAUAUAUUAAUGACCAUUUUUCAGAAACCUAUUUGGUGUAAUCCAACAUAAUAUUCUGUAUAUUAACAAUUUUAAUUAGAAUGAUUGCUAAUAUGAAUUGGAAUAAGGAUAUUAAAUACCAGCAUUCUUAACAUUUUAUAUACCUGUGUUAGCAUAUUAUUUGAUUGAAAUAUUUUUGAUCAUAUCUAUGAUUAUAUUCAAGGCUGUAAAAUACUACUCAUUUCACACUAUUUUAAUAGAAAGAAAGAUCGUGGCUUAUUGCUUUGUAAUGGUUGGAAUUUUCAUAAUUUCAAAUGACAUCAUUGUAAUUAUAUAUGACAAUGAUUAUUCAUACAACAUUUCAACUUUACUCAAACCAAUUUUCUUGAUUUUCUAUAGGUAUUAAUACAAAAUAUAAUAAAUUUAGUUAGUAUUUUCUUGGGAUAAUAAUGGAUUAUGCAUUAAUCAUUUAUAGGGGAAAGGAGAUAUAUUUUAUGAUGAUAUUCUCUUAUGUCUUUUUUGUUGGUUUAGGCACUGCUAUUUUUAGAAAUUAAUCAGAGAUAUCUGAUAUUGCACAAGAAGAGGGAAUUUGUAAUUCAUCAGGUCUUCCUUUUAGCUAAAAGAAUUAUUGUACUUUUCUUAUUAUGUUUUAAUUAUAAACUACUGUUAAUUCACCAGAUAUUUAUUUACCAUAUUAUGGUAAUAGAAGUGUGGCAGUUAUUUAUUUUAUAGCUUAUUAAUUUGUUAAUACCAUUUUGAUGAUUAAUCUUAUUCUUUCAUUAUUCUAUUCAUAAUAUAAGAAAUUAGUAGAGGAAAGAACAAAAUCCCUUCUUGAAAAACAUAGAAAUAAAAUACAAUAGUUUUAGAAUAAGGUAUUUCGCAAUAAAAGAUCAAAUUCAAUUGUUGGUAUCUAAAAGAAAUAAUAAUAAUAAUAAUAAGAUUAAACUAAUUCUCAGUUUCUUAUUUAAAGAAUAUUAGAUCAUUGGAUUUUUAAUUCUAUAAUGUAAAUUCUCUGUAUUGCUGAUUUUUGUUUUAUAUUUUAAGAUAAUACUAAUAGAGAUAUAUAAAUUGUAAAUAUUACAUUAAAUUCUAUUAUGCUUAUUGAAUCUAUAAUAAUAGCUAUUUUAAGAGACCUCAAAAAAAUUCACAAAUAUCCAGGUGUGAUAUUUGAUUUUACUAUAUCUUUGAUUUUGGUUAUUUUGAUAAUUGCAAUUAUGGCACUUUAAUAAGACAGUUUCACUUAGGAUAUAUUGAUCAAAGUUUGCUGCUCUAUAAUGAGUCUUAGGUUGUUCAGAGGAUGUACUUGGUUAUUAAAAUCUAAAAAUUUUGUUAAUAUCUUAUUUAAAAUAUUUUCUAUAUCUACUUAUUUAUUGUAACUUUUUGGAACUUUAAUAGUAACCAUGACUAUAUUUAAUGCUAUUGGUUAAUUAAUAUUUGGAGGCAAGAUUAAUUAUAAUCAAUAGCAUAUAAAUAACUACUAAUGGGUUAAUUUCAAUGAUUUUUUAUCAGGCUUUUGCACUUGUUGGUUUUUAUUAAUUGUAAACAAUUGGAAUCUAAUGUCAUACGAUUUUUCAUUAAGUCUUUAAAGUGAUGUUAUUUACUUAUUUUUUAUCUUCUACUACAUAAUAGUUGUUUUAUUAGCUUAAAGCGUAACAAUAGCUUUGUUAAUUGAAUAUUUAGUUAAUCAUGUAAAGGACUUGGGUUAGUCAUCAGAAGAUGAAACAAAGUCAGAAAUAUCUAUUGAAGAGAACUAUCAAAAUGAGUUAUUAGUUCCUUUAUAAUAGAACUUUAAGGCUUAAUGA